AAAGGUAUAGUCGUGUCUAAAUUAACCGUAAAAUUAAUACAUAGUAGAUUUUUCAUGCAGCAGGCUGAAAUACGAUAGUUUCGUAGCCGCCUUUUCUGAAAUAGCGAGAUGAAUUUAUGCUUUUAGGUUGAACGGUGAACUAUUUGCCAACGCCCUACGCAACUAUGUACACAAGAAAUAUUAAUCUUUAGGGUUUAAUUAAUAUAUAUUUUUUGCAAGCAACACCAAAUGAUUCCUAUUAUGUAGGUAACGUAUAACAUAAAAUUGUAAAGUUUUGUAAUAGCAUUACUUCUGACUUCACACUAGUCAUGAUCAAUUUAAGAAGACUCUCUCAAAAAUUGUCGUAACUUCUAGGCUCUAAGUAAACUUUCUUCAAAUGUGAUAAAAAAUAAUAUUUCAUGAUAAGAAGUUUUGAAACAAAAACAAGUAUUUCUAAUUGAGAUAGUAACAGCACCAUAUAAAUAACUAUUAUAAUCAAAAUAUUAUGAAAAAUCUAACAAAUUUCUUGCAAUAGAUAAAAAUGUAGUACAUAAAGGCUGUCACGGUGUUCAGUAACAUUCUCCGUUGCCACGUAUUAAAAAAUGUUUGUUUUGGUUUUCAUUAUAGCUGUAUCAUAUGUUGGAGUUCACUCUCAACGAUGCGCGGUACCUUCAUAUUCACCAUAUUUAGAACAAUAUAAUCCUAUUGUUAUUACAAGACUUCCAUACGAAUCACCGCAAAUCUUACCAUGUGAAGGAAUUUACGUGCAACAAACACAGCCUAAUAUAGCAACGGCCAUGCCUGUAGCUGUUAUGCCGGAAACAACAAUGUAUUUACAGCAAACAGUCGUGCCAGAAAUAGCUAUGCCAGUUACAACUACGCCAGUGAUUCCAUUUAUUACCGAAUUGCCAAACUGUCCAGAUAUUUGUUUUAGUGACAUUUUAGCGUCUCCUUUAGGUUGUUUGGAUCCAAUAUUAACUAUUUAUGGUACAAAGGACGUGUGCCCCUUGCCAAAUUUGCCAGUAAGUCCCCUUUUACCAGCUGCGUCGCCUGUAUCUGCUCUGGCACCGCCGUUUUCAAGACUACUACCACCUGUUUCUGACUGUGAUUGUUAUAAUCAAUAUCUAAAGCGAGUGCCAAUACCACCACCUUUCAUAUAGUCAUUAGGUAAUAAAUUAAAUAAAAUAUUUUAAAUUUAA